AUGAAUCAGACGGUCGGCGUCGUGGGCGGCGGCGACUCUGCGCUGGACGAGGCUCUUGUGCUUACGGAGUACGCAAGCAAGGUCAUCGUGUUUCAUAGGAGCGACACCUUCAGCGGCGAGAAGGUCCUGCAAGAGCGCGUGAUGUCCAAUCCGAAGAUUGAAGUGCGCUGGAAUACUACAAUCUGUGAAGUGCUAGGAGAUGGUCAGGUUGAAGGUGUAGGCAUAAAGGACGAAGUGUCAGGGGAAACAUCGCGCGUUGACCUGUCGGGCGUCUUCAUUUACAUAGGACUGGACCCGAACACGGAGUAUCUACAAGAUGUUCUGCCGCUCGACAAUGCGGGGCACAUUCCAACGGACAUCUGGAUGAGUACGCCCGCGCGCGGCAUUUUCGCGGCAGGGGACAUACGGCAGAACUCGGCUGCACAGCUGGUCAGUGCAGCGGGCGAUGGGGCGACGGCUGGGAUCGCGGCGCGGCGGUAUGUUGAGGCGCUGUCCUUGCGCUAG